AUGUGUUUUUUUUCGGUCGAUCGGUCGAGCGAACAAGUGUGCAAAGCAAAGGUGUUUUGCGUUGGCGUUUUGUGACAAAACUUUUGUUUUAUCCUACUAGUCGUUGAAAAUAUUAUUUUACUCUUGUGGCCUUAUAUCGCUAGUAAUAAAAACUUAUUGAAAUAACGGUUACGAUGCCGAAGUCUAAAAGGGACAAGAAAGUUUCUCUGACUAAGACCAAUAAAAAAGGACUUGUGCUAAAGCAGAAGAUAAUUGAAGAAAUAAGAAAGUCUUUAAAAAAGUAUGAGCAUGUGUUUUUAUUCACUGUGGAUAAUAUGAGAAAUACAAAACUGAAAGAUUUGAGAAACAAUUGGAAGGACUCCAGAUUCUUUUUUGGAAAAAACAAAGUUAUGGCAAUCGCACUAGGCCGAACUAAGAGUGAUGAAGUUGAAGAUCAAUUAAAUUUGUUAUCAAAGAAGUUAAAGGGUCAAUGCGGAUUACUUAUGACAAACAGGGAUGUUCCAGAAGUUUUACAAUGGUUUGAAGAUUUCCGUGAAACAGAAUAUGCUCGGUCUGGUUUCAUAGCUACUCGUGAUGUUAUAUUACCUGCUGGCCCUCUACAAGAUUUUUCACAUACCAUAGAACCACAUCUUAGGAGACUUGGAUUACCAACAUCACUUGAAAGAGGUGUAAUACAUCUAAUUAAAGAGUACCAGGUUUGUAAGAAGGGAUUGCCACUUACCCCUGAACAGGCCAGCAUUUUGAAACUGUUAGGAAUUCAGAUGGCACAGUUUAAAUUGUUGAUAAAAUGCCAUUGGACAAAGGGUAAAGGUUUCCACAAAGACCUAGAAGUUCAUAGUGAUGAUGAAGUUGAGAAUGAACAUGAUGACAAUGUGUUAGAAGAUGAAGAAAUGGAAGAGGAUGAAACAUGAUUUUUUAAAUAUAUGAUAUCUUGCUUAAAUUA